GUGCUUGUCUGACACUAAAAGGUGUAAUUCAGGUCUCAUUCCAGUCACAAAGUGCUGUAUGUUGUGGCAUUUCUAUCUGUGUUUAACUGUUUACCAGCAAAAUCUCUACCUCCUUAGGAGAUGGCAGAACGGACAGUCAUCUUUUUUUUUUUGAUGCUGGUAAUAUCGGGCAGCGUUACUCUUUUUAUUUUGUCAAUGACAGUUUCAACAAGAGAAAAGUGCCAGAGAGCCUUAUUAGGAACCCACAGAGCAAAGGCACAAGACUGCUUGUUUGAUGCUGAUAAUUUAUCUGAGAUAAAAAGAGAGUUGCUAAAACCUGAUCCAGUGAGUACCCCUCAUGUUGAGAGUCCUAUCCCCAUCAUGAACAGAAGUUUCUUCAAAAUGCUUCCUCAGUGGAGUUUUGAGGAUAUUUAUAACCAGGACGCUCUGCCAAGACCCACAAUUUGUGACCAGUCUCUGCGUAACUCUAAGGAUGAAACAUUCCAGAAAGCUUUCCUCCCCAACAUACGCAUGUUUCUACACAAAGAAAACCUUAACAUAAGAGAGUGGAACCGACUUUCACAUUUUAACAACCCUUUUGGAUUUAUGGAAAUGAAGUAUAAUGAUGUAAUGCCUGUAGUGAAGCUGAUCCCAAAGCCAAAAGAACCGCUGCUCCCCCCAAAACCAGGUGGGGAUGGCUGUGUACGCUGUGCCGUGGUCGGAACCGCAGGCAUCCUGAACGGCUCAAAAAUGGGAGCCGAGAUUGAUGCUCAUGACUAUGUUUUUCGGAUGAAUGGUGCAGUGACAAAGGGCUAUGAGGAAGACGUUGGUAACCGAACAUCAGUGUAUGUUCACACAGCCCACUCAAUCACUACAUCACUUAUUUUAUUAAAGAAAUACGGAUACAAAUCUGCCCCACACGAGGAGGGUAUAAAAUAUGUCCUGAUUCCUGAGGGGUUGAGGGACUUCCAGUGGCUCGAGUCUGUUAUUACAGGAAAGAAAGUGUCUUCUGGUCCAUACCGCAACAGAAGUGCAAGUUCUUAUUAUUCAGGACAGUACAACGAGACCCGCUUCUAUGUUCUGCACCAGGACUUCCUGCGAUAUGUGAGAAACAGAUUUUUGAAAUCAAAUAAUCUAAAUAAAAGGUACUGGCCAAUUGUUCGACCAACCAAUGGAGCGUUUUCUCUGUUUGUGGCUCUGCAUGCUUGUGACAAAGUGAGUGCAUAUGGAUUCAUAACAGAAGACUACAAAAAAUACUCCAACUACUAUGUUGAGAAGCAUCUCAAGUCCAAAGUCAUUUUCUAUGCCAACCAUGACCUCGUCAUGGAAAAGAAUCUGUGGAAACAACUACAUGACAAAAAUAUAAUAAAACUGUAUCAAAGAACUGAGUCCCAAGGAAAUAACUGUCAUUGUCCGUGUAUCAAGGCAAAAACAACCACGAUACACGGAAAAUGACAUAAGAUUGGAUUAAGGAACUGUCUCAUCCUGAAAAAAACAUUUUGAAUGCAAAUUUGUUUUUACACAAUUUGUAUGAAUUAGUUGGGUUUUUUUUAAAGCUAAAUGACUCACUUUAGUUUUUGGGGUGUUAUCUACCAACUAAACCAAAACGAUUCUUAGUCAUCUGGUAUGACUACACCUACAGGGGUUGGACAAUGAAACUGAAACACCUGGUUUUAGACCACAAUAAUUUAUUAGUAUGGUGUAGGGCCUCCUUUUGCGGCCAAUACAGCGUCAACUCGUCUUGGGAAUGACAUAC